UUUUGCUGUGUUACAUUAUAUCAAUCUACUAAGGUCGCUUAUAGUAACCAGAAGUUUUUUUUUAUUCGACAAUGGGGAAAUUUUUUUUAUUGAUGUUUGUUGUUGAAGUGGUUUUAUCACAGAAUUCAAAUAACAGUGGAAAAAGUUAUUUUUUCAAAAUGGGUAGAAAUAAUAACGAAUUCAAAGUGAAUAAUAGGAUUAUGUAUCUGAAUCACAAUAUCACCGAUCUUGAAUAUCCCCUUUUGGAGAGGAAAAAGUCGUACCAUACUUUUCAGAAUUCAGAUAAAGCACAACAAGCACCCAAGUUCGACUUUAGUUAUUAUUUAGACAAAGAAUGGGAAUACGUUCACGAAAGCAUUCCAAUAAACAAAUCACGCUUACCGUCUUUCCUUAGAAUAUUUUAUGACGAGGCAACUUCCCAUCCAGAUACUUCAAUCACAAGAAGAAUACUUUUCAACAAAAACUUGAACGCAUCGACACCUAUCCUCAAAUUCAAUCUGGACAAUAUCGAUCCCGAAUUGAAUGUAAUCGACGCUGAUUUAUACUUUUACUGGCCGUUGAAAGAUACGUCGAAUAUUUUCAAGGAAUCUGUUGUAAUAAGAUUGUAUCAGUAUGAAAAACAAUCGUAUGAUGAUACCGGAAACAGUUCAAUAAAUAACCCCGACAUUCAUAAGCUGUUCAAUGUUAUAUAUGUGUCCAAAGCGCAAAAAGGAUGGCAGAUGUUCAAAGUAAAGAAACCUAUAGAUAAUUGGUUGAAUGGGGAAGAAAACUUAGGUCUAAUUUUAACAAUAUCUAGUUAUGACACUAAUAAAUUGAUUGAAGUAUUUCAUGAUAAAAAUAUGGGAAAUUUUAGUACUUUCAUAGUGGUUAAAACACAAAGUAACGAUUCUUCUUCAGUAUUAGACGAUAACGAAAUUACCGAUUACGAUACGAAUUCGCAGUGUAAAAUACAGGAGUGGGUGAUAAACUUUCAAAAAAUGGGAUGGGACAAAUUUAUCAUAUUCCCCGAACAAUUUUCCGCUUUUGAUUGCGUUGGAAAAUGUUCGACACCUGAUAAAAACGAUACGAACCAUGCGAAAUUUUUAUAUAUUUUCCAGAAAAGAAGCGCGUGUUGUGUACCUGUGGGGUAUCAAUCGUUACCGAUAAUGUAUUUUGAUAAAUUUAGAGAUAUCGCGAUUAAGAAUUACGAUAAAACAAUUAUAACUAAAUGUGGUUGCAGAUAAUAAUUUUUUCGCAAUAAUUAAGUAAAAUUUUUAUUCAAUGCUUAUUAAUAUCACUUUCUACUAAAAAAAUUCGGAAAUGAAUUGAAAAUUUUACGUUUACUGCUUUAAAAAAAUGCUUUCAUUUUGUAGAACUGUUUGCAUUGAAUCUUACUUCUAAAAUUCUUUUUUUCUUUCAUUCCAUUUAUUUUGAAAACAGGAGUAAAACAAUUUCCCAAAAAAAAAUUAAAUAUUAAAAGGACCUAUCUACAUAUUAUAAGUAAAGCUAUAUCAAAAUAGAGCAAUCUAACUAAUUGUCAAAUGGCCGCCGUGGGGUAAACAAAUGCUUGUAACGUACGCUUCUGUGUGGUUUGUGAAGUUAUUUGUUGGAUUUGAGACUUUAUUAUUUCCAGUUUUAUCGCAAAAUGGCCUCUCGAAGAAUUGCUACUUGAAGAAAUUUCGAAUUUUCUCUCGGAAAAAAAGCUUUGUACAGCACGAAUUGGAAACUUAGCUCCAUUCGUCUAAUGAAAAAUGGUUAAUUCCACCUAAAGUUUCACGUUUGUCAUUGUACUUUUCAGCUAUUAUUGGGUCAUCACACAAUAAGAUUUCGUCAAGCUAUUUUUUUAUCAUAUACAUUUUUUCCAGGAAAUUUUUUUCUUGUGUAAUCACAAUAAAAAUAAAAAUGGUGUUUUAAU